AUGGCACCUUCCAAGAGCAAUUGUGGCGAACUCUUGAAAUCUGAAGACGGGAUAUUGGAGGGUACCAAAACUGUUGCUUUAGGGGAAAGUGAGUUUAUGCAUAUGGUCGUUUGGCUUCCUCCAACUCUCACCUCCAAGUUCUGCGUAAAACAACAACAUUCUGGAGAAGAGUAA